GCGGUGGUGUCGUGUGGGCGGCUGUGCAGGCGUUGGUAUGUUGGUGUCGCUUGCAUCUCUGUCAGUGGACGUGUUGGAGGUUGUAGUGGACGGCAGCCAUGGCUGGCACUUUGAGAUGUGGGAUGAAUAGCCAGGAAAGCGAGGAUGCAAUGUGCAUGCUGCUUUUCGUCCUUUUCCAAUGGGUGAACAGACGAAACAUGGCAGCGUUGGCAGUCGUGGAGGCAGUGUCGUUGAUGCCUUUCGUCCACCAAAAUGUCUCCGCUGCGGUUACACUGCUGGCGGGAGGGCUGUUGCACGGUUUUGCUCUGGGUUCGUUGGUGGUGGAGGAGAUGGGGAGGACAAUGGACCGCAGACGUCGUCUAUGGGUGUUGGAGCGUAGCGGCAGUCUUUGGAAGGAUCUCCAACGAGUGGGGGCUGAGCAUGACAAGGUUUUCCUUCGGUUUUGCAGACUCCCACGCCCCCUGUUCUUUGAAGUUCUUGCUCGAGUAGGACCCCAUAUCCAGCGGUCGCCCACGAAUUACAGAUUGCCAAUACCCGCCGGACAAAAGUUUGCAUGCGCUUUCAUGAGAUGGGCUACUGGCGGUUAUUACAGGCAGUCCUCCUACUGUUUGGGCAUCGGCCUUGCAAGUGCUUUGCGCAGCAACGAGGAAGUGGUCGACGCAAUCAUCCGGGAGUAUGGUCAUCUGCUACGGUUCCCUACAGGGCAACGGUUGGAGGACGUGCAGAAUGGCUUCGAGAGAAAAGGCUUCCCCGGGUGUGUUGGCGCGAUAGAUUGCACGCAUUUGUAUAUUGAGAAGCCGAAGGGGGAGCAAUCGGAGUGCUACUACCAUCACACUGGGGGCUUCUCUGUUGUGGCGCAAGUCGUUUGCGACCACGAGUGUCGGAUUUCUAGCGUUUAUGUGGGUUGUCCGGGGUCUGUGCAUGAUUCGAGAGCUCUGCGCAUGUCACCACUGUUCGUGAAUGCCACGGAGGGUAGAGGAGUCUUGGCUGAGGGAGGUGCCAUGCUGCACGACGGUAGACAUAUUGGCCGCUAUCUGUUGGGUGAUCAAGGGUACCCUCUGCUUCCAUGGCUCAUGACCCCUUUUGGUCGGUUCGCUCGAACGUCGGCAGACCGAGCUUUCGAUUUGAUCCAGAGUGCAGCCAGGUCGUGCAUUGAGCGGGCUUUCGGACGUCUGAAGGCGGUUUGGAGGAACUUCAUCCGAACACAUAUUUGCAACAUGAAGACCUUCUGCAAAGAAUUCAUGGCCAUCUGCAUUCUUCACAACCUCAUGAUCGAGCACAACGUGCAGAUCGACCCGGCGUUGAUGGAAGACAGCAGUGACAGCGAUGGAGACGAUAACGAACAUCGGAACUGUCGCCGACGCCGGCGCAGGCGUCGAUUCAACCACCAUCUCUCGAACUUGAACAUCGAGGCGGCGGCGGAGGAUGACCCCACUUAUGGGGGGGAACUCACGCAGCAUGUCAGGGCCAGCCUGGUGGAGCACGUGCGCCACCACGUGACAGUCCACAGGGCUCCUCCCCCAUGCCCAUGGCGGUAGUGCUCUUCUUUCAUUUUUUUGUGUGGUUAUGUGAGACAACCCAAAUU